UUUUUCUAUUCUCUACAUAUAGUAGAUACAGAUUUAAAAUUAAUAUUUUAUUUAAAAAUGAAUGGAACAACAUCCAAUUCGACUGUGAAUGGUGUCCCUACCUUCAAAGAAGAAAACGACUCAGAUGAGGGCAUCGGCAAAUCUGAAGCUCAUACAAAUGCAUUUAAACGUCACAAAAUUCAUUUAUCGCCAAAAGAUGAUAAGGCUACUGGAUUUUCGCAAACUCCGCCUUCAAAUGGCACAAAUUCAGUAUUUGUCACGCCUGGCAUUUAUAAAAGAAAAAUUUGUAAACCGCGAAUAAAGGAAUCGACUGAAGAGGUCAAAUUUACCUGGUCGGUUGAUGAAUUGGCUAUUUUCCGACCUGUCAAUUUUGAUGAUGCUGAAUUUUCUUUGCCGCCGGAUGAUUGGAAUCCCAACCCUCACCACGAUGUAGAAAAAUUUUGGAGUCGAAAUACACAAAUAUUUCCUUCGCCAGAUAUACAAAACGUUUUUCGACCUGUUGGUGAAAAUUAUACAAAAUCUUCAUCGAGCUCAAGUCCUAACUGUUACAGUUAUUCGUCGGAGGAUUUUUAUGGACAAAAUAGUACUGAAAGCAGCAGUAGUCGAUCUACUUCAAAUAAACGAUUUAUUCACUCAUCAGACAACUCGCCAGACGAUGCUUUGCUCUUUAAGGUUGAAUUUUUGGAAUUUAUAUGGGUAUUUUAA